AAUCUCAGCUUCCUGAGAGAUCUCUACCUUUCCAACAACAGCUUGAUUGGAGAGAUUCCUCCCCAGCUCGGCCGUCUCCACAGGUUCGAGAAUCUCUAUCUCCUCAACAACUCCUUCACUGGCCGAAUCUCCUUGAGAGGAAACAUCCCUGCUUCAUUUGGGAACAUGUCCUCUCUCAAGAUACUCUCGGUGACCGGCAAUUUCUUGAGUGGCAAGGUACCUAGUACUCUAGGAGAGUUGAAGAGCCUCUCCGUUUUGACCUUGUCAAAGAACUAUUUCUCCGGUGGAAUCCCUUCAUCGAUCUUCAAUCUGUCUUAUCUCACUCACGUGUACUUAGGAUUGAACCAGUUCCAUGGAAGUCUUCCGCCGGAUAUGGGAAUCUCGCUCCCCAAUCUCCAGAGCUUUGACGUCGCUCUCAAUUAUGAUGAGGGUAUUUUUUGGUAUUGGGCUUUUGGGUAUUUUUUGGUUGGGCUAGGGUGUUUUUUUCUUUUGGUUCAAGUUUUCCUUUUGUGA